AUGUGGAGAAUAAAAUAAAAACUUGUGGGCGAUGUGUUAGGAGGAAAACACAACCCGAAAAAUCAGCCGCGCUUGUGAAUAUCUGUACAUCCAGGCCAAUGGAAUUGGUUUGUAUGGAUUUUAUUUUAUUAGAGCCUGAUAGACACAGUACUAAAGAUAUAUUGGUCAUAACCGAUCAUUUUACGAGAUAUGCUGUGGCUAUACCGACCAAAGAUCAAAAGGGUACCACAGUGGCAAAGGGUCUUUGGGAUAAUUUUCUUGUCCAUUAUGGUUUCCCAGAGCGCCUGCACAGUGAGCAGGGGCAGGAUUUUGAGUCCCACACCAUAAAAGAGCUUUGUGCAUUGGCUGAUAUCACAAAAGCCAGAACAAGUCUUUAUUACCCAAGAGGCAAUCCAGUGGAGCAUUUUAACCAUAUGCUUCUUAACAUGCUAGGUACUCUGGGCGAAAAAGACAAAACACAUUGGCGAGACUUUGUUAACCCUUACCAGCCGGAGCGUUCAAAUUUGGGAGCAAUUAUUCCCCUGGUUCCUGUCUCAGUAUCUUCGCCGUCCAAUCACCGAUUUUAUUUCUGAAAACUGCCAGAUGCUCAUGACAAUAUAAGCUAAAAGCACAUAUGAUUGGAUAAGGGGUUACUGGGCGAGAAUAUUAAAUGUAUCGUCAUCAGCGUCAUCCUCAAUUUGCCUGAGCGGAGCCAGAGAGGAUACGCCGCGAGAUUACCUCCAGUGUUGGACUUACUGCUUCAAAUUGAAAACUGAGGUGAACUUUCGAGAGAUGGAUAGAGACUACGGCUCCCUGCUCAGCACCCUCAAGAGGAGGAGGCAGCUGACUGCUGAUGAGCUUAGGUUCAUAGCAGAGGAGGACAUGGCUCAUGAGGGCAUGAGCACACAGGAGGAAGAUCUGCUGGACCAGGAACUACUGCAGGAAGAUCCAGACCAUGAGGAGAUGGAGGAUGAGAUGGAACCUGAUCCCCAGCCAAGACCAUCAACUGGCCAUUCUCGCACAGGUCCCAAGUCAGCAAGAAAGCGUAAAUGCUUCCCUGACUCUGUUUCUUAUCCCUCGUACUCUGACAUCGAUUCACAGGCACCAAAACCUCUUCCAUUUAAGCCUAGCCAUCCAUUCGGUAUUGACUUAGGUAGCGUGCGUCAGCCUGUGCGGUCAACCUCCAAUAUGAUGUUGCGAGAAAUUUACUUUUUCAUGCUGUUUUUUACUCAGGCUGUAGUUGCUGAGAUAUGCAGCUUUUCAAACCAUCAGGGGUGGGAGCUCGUCCUAAACUGUCCAUCAUAUUCCAGCUACCAAGGAGCUUGGAUGGAGGUGACCUCUGAUGAAUUUUACAAAUUUCUUGUGUUGCUCAUUUACAUGGGGUUUUCAAUUCUCCCUGAUUCCCAUUGUCAUUGGGGAACCAAGUCACUUCAGGGCUCGUGGGCGAGGGGAUUUAUAUCGCGUGACCGCUACAAGGCACUUUUAGCAGCUCUACAUGUUGUAGACCCUACCACAGAGGAUAAUCAGGAUCGCCUUAGGAAGUUGCGUUAUCUUAUGGACCACCUCAAACAAAAAUGCCAGCAGCUCUUUCAGCCUAACCAAAAUCUCGCAAAAGAUGAACGUAUGGUCAAGUCUAAAUCUCGGUCAGGAUUUAAACAAUACAUGAAGGGCAAGCCUACUCAGUGGGGUUUUAAAUUAUGGGUAAUUGCAACAUCAGACUCGGGGUAUACUCUCGACUUUAAUGGUUACACAGGUAGUCAUGAUGGGUGUGUCACUGACUUGGCCACCAAAGUAGUUGAAUCAUUACUGCAGCCAAGACCAGGGCCACAAUGUUUGGUUUUACAACUUUUACACGUCCCCAGCACUUAUGGUUAAGUUGUUAGAAAUGGGAACUAAUGCCUGUGGGACAUGCAGGGUGAAUCAUAAACUGUUUCCUGCAGAAUUUAAAGACAUCAAAAGAUGGGAACACAAGACAGCUCGUGGGGAUAUGAGGUGGUGUCGGAUUGAGGGGAAUAUACUUGUAAUUCAGUGGAAGGACACACGUGCAGUUACAUGCCUCUCCAAUUUCCACAAUGCGAAUGGCUCAACCGAAAUUACUAGGUUUGUAAAAAAUGAUGGCGACUGAACAAAAGAAAUAGCCCUCCAGCCCACUGUCAUCAGCGAUUAUAACAAAAACAUGGGCGGUGUUGAUAGGUCAGACCAAAUGAUAAAAUCUUACGACGUCCUACAAAAAGCUCAGUAGUGGUGGAAGACUCUUUUUUUCCACUUCAUAGACAUUGCCGUCAUCAAUAUUUUCAUAUUGUUUAAGGAAUGGCAAUACAUUCAUGAGGCACCAGUGGAUGAGCGUAGACCGGUGAACUUAACCCAGAUAGAUUUCAGAGAAAACCUGGCUCGUCAGCUGGGAGGUAUCGAUAUUCAUGCAAGUUUCCCUUUGCAUACAUUAAAGCCUGUAGUCCCUCCUUCGUCAUUACUCCACACAGCCCAUGUCCCUAAAUUUGAAGAGUCCUCUAAGAGAUGUUGGCUAUGCUAUCGGAAAAAUAAAACUAAAACUAAAACUGUUUUGUGAAGAGGCCUAGGUUGGGCUGUGUUUACUGGUGUUGUCGUCCUUCCCCUCCUCUCUUUUCUCCCUUUCUUCUCUCCACAGGUAUUGCAGUUGAUAGUAUUUAUGAAUUUAUAUAUAUUCUGUUCCUGCACUCUUUAUUAAAAAUGUAUUUACUGUAGAUAGUUCGAAAGUUUGAUUUUUGUAUGUUUUGCUGUGUAAUUCAUAUGUAAUUCUAAUGUUCAAAUUAAAUCAAGUGUGUGUUUUAUUGAACACAUAAAAUGUAUAUUUCAGUGUUUGUGUCCUUCAAUUUCAGAUGCAGUCUCAAUUUAUUAUUACAGGUGCUCAAAAGGAGUAUUUGAGGAGUGGUCAUGUGAAAUGUAUUUUAACAUUCUAAAUGUUUGUUUUAUUCCGUUUUUCCACUAAUCACUAGAAUGGUCAUAACUUUUAAACAGUAGACUAUAUUUCUAAUCUGUCUGCUUAUUCUACAUUGCCCAUAAAAUUAUGUAUAUUUCAUACACUCUAAGUUUCCCUCUAGCUUGUAAUUAAAAUGGUUGAAAAUGGAGUUGUCUGAUGAAGUAUGG